AAUGUUGAGAUUGUUAAACAAUAUGUCACUGUUAAAACCAUGUUAGAAGAUUUGGGUAUGGAUGAGGAUGAAGAUGAACCUGUUCCACUACCUAAUGUUAAUGCUGCUAUAUUAAAGAAGGUAAUUCAAUGGUGUAUCUUCCAUCGAGAUGACCCUCCACCACCUGAAGAUGAUGAAAACAAAGAAAAAAGAACAGAUGAUGUUUGCUCCUGGGCUGCAGAAUUUCUUAAAGUUUACCAGGGCACAUUGUUUGAGUUGACUUUGGCUGACAACUACUUAGAUAUCAAAGGCUUGCUUGAUACCUCUAGGGUGUUGAAGGACAAAGUUAUUGUCUACUUCAUUAAUGAAGGUAUGUUAGACGAGAGUCUCCUUUCUGAAGUUUUGGCACGGGAAGUGAAAAUUGUUGAUAGGGAAUUAGAGGCCAGACUAAAGUUAGAAAGAGAAGUUCAGAUGAAGAGGUUAGAAUAUGAGUUUGGUAUUAUUGGCAGUAGUUCGAGGUCAGGAGGUCCUUCUCAGUUGUAA